CUAAAACCUAAAACCUUUUCGUAAUUCGCCGCACGCCCCUUUUCUUCAAUCUUCAGUUCAGCUUCCUCCCCGUCGGCCGACCAUUUCUUCGCUCGCCCUUCAAGCCGGCCGCCCCCCUCCGCCGGUGUCCAGUUGCCCUAUUCGACACUGUUCGUCCUUCAUCAUUUUUUCCGCCUUCCCUGUUGUCCUCCUUCCCGCCAACACUUUGGAUUUGGUGUUGAAUUUGUUUUCUGACUGCACUUAGGUAAGCAGGAACUAUAAUGGAGGCUAAAUUUUUUCGGUUCCUUAAGAUUGUGGGAGUUGGGUACAAAGCCAGAGCCGAAGCAGCAGGACGCCUCUUGUAUCUUAAACUGGGAUACAGUCAUGAAGUUGAGCUAACCGUUCCGCCAGCUGUUCGUGUCUUUUGCUUCAAAAACAAUGUGGUAUGUUGCACAGGGAUUGACAAAUAUAGGGUACACCAAUUUGCUGCUGCAGUUCGUAGCUGUAAGCCACCAGAAGUGUACAAAGGCAAGGGCAUCAUGUAUAUCGACGAGGUCAUAAGGAGGAAACAAGGAAAGAAGUCUAAAUAAGAUAACAGAAGCACAAAAUCCCUCGUUGAUCUUUAUUCAGACACAAAGUGCCUCAGUUAUGAAUAAUUGUUUUUGUUGUAUGCAUGUUUUUAGAGCAUUCCAUGAAUUUAGCCAUGCGACUGAACUGUAAUUGCUUCAAUGCCUAUUCUUGAAAUGUCAUCUCAUCGAUCAUUGAUGUUGAAUGUUGAAGAAUGCAGACCAUGCAAGAAAAGGCUAUUUGAGUUGA